AUGAAUAUGGCAGAACGUGCAGAAGCAACAAAAAGUUGGUCCUGUGAGCCCCUUUCUGGAAAGACGCUAGAAGAGAUUGUUCAAAAUGCAGAAAAUGCAGCUGAUUUGGUAGCUUACAUUCGCAAACCAGAGGUAGAUUUGGACUUUAGGUUGAAGUUUAUCGCAGAACAUGAGGAGUUUUUUAAUGUACAACUAUCGGAUCGAAAUUCAAGAAUAAGGACGUGUCACAACUUGAGCGAUAAAGGGAUACGGGGUGAUACUGUUUUCGUCUUCGUGCCUGGGUUGGCUGGCAACUUAGAACAAUUUGAACCCUUACUCGAGCUUGUGGACUCUGAUCAAAAGGCAUUUUUGACGUUAGAUCUGCCCGGCUUUGGUCAUAGUUCAGAAUGGAGCGACUACCCCAUGCUGAAAGUGGUGGAACUUAUUUUCGUUCUUGUAUGUGACGUCUUAAGAAAAUGGUCUACAGCGGUGCCGAAUAAUGAUAACGUAAAUCCAUUUAACGGUCAUAAGAUAGUGCUUGUAGGGCAUUCUAUGGGUUGUUUUCUGGCAUGUCAUCUUUACGAGCAGCACAUGGCUGAUACAAAAGCGGUACAAACGCUAGUUUUGUUGACGCCCCCCAAAGCACAUAUCGAGCAGCUUUCUAAGGAUAAACAUAUUAUCCAGUGGGCUCUCUAUGGUGUGUUUAAAUUGCCAUGGCUAUUUGACGUUUAUAGAAACAAAUUCGAUCAGGUAAAAGGUCUACAAAGUUCCGGCAUCAAGCAGUAUUUUUAUCAACAAGGUGAUGAUGUCAAGUUGAAAUACAGGAAGUUCUGGCAAUUUAAAAACAACAUAAGCAACAAAAGUAGAACCAUCAUAGGUUAUUUACUAGGAUGGGAAACUGUUGAUUGGGUUAAAUUCAAUGGUGUAUUGACGCAAACGGAUAUGAAACAGAAAAUUAUAAUAUUUGGCGCUGAAAAAGAUCCUAUAGCUCCUAUUGAAAAUUUGGAAUUUUACAAACAAACUAUAAAUAAAGAAUGUCUUCGUAAAGUGAUUAUUUUACCUGACUGUUCUCAUAAUUUAUGCUUCGACCGUCCAGAAUUGGUGUGUGAAAACUUUCAACGAGAGGUGAUUGAUAAUUCCAAAUUGUAG